AUGUCUUUCCUCCCUUCCGUGGGCGUGCUCGCCCUGGCGCUCAGCUCCGGCGUGCUGGCUACCAUCGAUACCUGCCCGUCUGACAGCCCUCUGAGCUGCUCCAGCUCGACCACCGAGGCCUCCUGCUGCUACAACUCCCCUGGAGGCUCCCUCCUCCAGACCCAGUUCUGGGACUACGACCCGUCUGACGGUCUGUCCGAUUCCUGGACCAUCCACGGACUCUGGCCCGACAACUGCGAUGGCACUUACCAGGAAUACUGCGACGACGCGCGCGAGUACUCCAACAUCACGGAGAUCCUCGAAGCGCAGGGUCGUACUGAGCUCCUCGCCUACAUGCAGGACUACUGGCCCGACUACGAGGGCGCCGACGAGGACGAGACCUUCUGGGAGCACGAGUGGAACAAGCACGGAACCUGCAUCAACACUAUCGAACCCAGCUGCUACACCGACUACUACGCGCAGGAAGAAGUCGGUGACUUCUUCCAGCAAGUCGUCGACCUCUUCAAGACCCUGGACUCUUACGGCGCUCUCGCCAACGCCAGUAUCGUCCCCAGCGAGGACCAGACCUACGAACUGAGCGACAUCAAGGACGCUCUCGCCGCCAUCCACGGCGGAUACGCCCCCUACAUCGGGUGCGAGGAUGACGCUCUGUCUGAGCUCUACUACUACUUCAAUGUGAAGGGCAGUGCCAUUGGCGGUACCUAUGAGCCGGCUGAGAGCCUCGAGGAUUCCGCGUGCCCCGAUUCCGGCAUUCGCUACCCUCCCAAGUAUAGCAGCAGCAGCAGCAGUGGCAGCGGCAGUGGCAGCAGUGGCAGCAGUGGCAAGGGUGGCGGCAGCAGUGGAGGCAGUGGCCACGGCGGUGGCCGCGGUGGCCACUACAAGCGCAGCCAGAAGAACAGACUGAACUAGAUAUCUAGAUCAGACUAAUCUGGUUUGGUAGUCUGAUGGUUCCGGUGGGGUGAUGUUUUCACCUCGCCUCUUGUGACCGUAAGGCCACUCGAGGAUGACCCAGACAGGGAGUUCCCCUAACAGAACGCGCGAUGUGUGAUGAAAAGUUGUUUGCUGGACUGUAUACAAAGAUUUGUACCGCAGAAUGU